GGAUUGAUGUCGUAGUCCAUGAGGUUAAGGCGCGCGCGCCGCUGGGGCUUUUGAUUGUCUGAGAGGACAAUUUGAACGUGUUACGGAUUUACUACUCUGUCCGGUGAACGAGUGCUGCUGAGCAGGAUGGCUGCUGAGGUGAAUGGAACAGAGCCUCAGUCUAGGGAUGAGGAAGAGCCCAUGGAUACUUCAAGUGGUACUCAUACUGAACACUACGACAAACUAAUAGAAGCUGGACUCCCUCAGAAAGUGGCUGAAAGGCUUGAUGAAAUAUUUCAGACAGGAUUGGUAGCUUUUGUAGAUUUGGAUGAAAGAGCCAUUGAUGCCCUUCGAGAGUUUAAUGAAGAUGGAGCCUUAGCAGUGCUGCAGCAGUUUAAAGAAAGUGAUCUUUCCCAUGUUCAGAACAAAAGUGCGUUCUUAUGUGGUGUUAUGAAAACAUACCGACAGAGAGAAAAACAAGGAAGCAAGGUGCAGGAAUCAACAAAGGGUCCCGAUGAAACAAAAAUAAAGCUCGUGUUAAGCCGGACAGGACAAAGCCUGGAGACCAGUACUGGACCUACUAUGCUGGGGGGCCCACCUUGCGGGGAGAUGCAUUCAGGUCCUGAACCUGGUAUAGGCACUAUGGUCUUUGUAGGCAAGAUUCCCAGAGACUUGUAUGAAGACGAACUUGUGCCUCUCUUUGAAAAAGCUGGAUCCAUCUGGGAUCUGAGAUUAAUGAUGGACCCCUUGUCUGGUCAAAACAGGGGCUAUGCAUUCAUUACAUUUUGUAACAAGGAUGCAGCACAGGAAGCUGUCCGAUUGUGCGACAACUAUGAAAUACGACCUGGAAAGCAUCUAGGGGUGUGCAUAUCUGUGGCAAACAAUAGACUAUUUGUUGGUUCAAUUCCCAAGAACAAAACAAAGGAGAAUAUUUUAGAAGAAUUUAAAAAAGUCACAGAGGGUUUGGUGGAUGUGAUCCUGUAUCAUCAACCGGAUGAUAAAAAGAAAAACCGAGGGUUUUGUUUUCUUGAAUAUGAAGAUCAUAAAUCUGCUGCUCAGGCGAGGCGUAGACUUAUGAGUGGCAAAGUCAAGGUUUGGGGGAAUGUGGUGACAGUAGAAUGGGCAGAUCCUGUUGAAGAACCUGAUGAUGAAGUCAUGUCUAAGGUGAAAGUACUGUUUGUACGGAACCUUGCUUCUAGUGUAACUGAAGACAUCCUUGAAAAAACAUUUUCAAAAUUUGGAAAGCUUGAAAGAGUGAAGAAGCUUAAGGAUUAUGCAUUUGUUCACUUUGAGGACAGAGAUGCUGCAGUCAAGGCCAUGGACGAAAUGAAUGGAAAGGCUGUAGAAGGAGAAGAAAUAGAAAUAGUUCUUGCCAAGCCACCUGAUAAGAAGAGGAAAGAGCGUCAAGCUGCCAGACAAGCCACUCGAAGCACGGCGUAUGAAGAUUAUUACUACUACCCUCCACCUCGUAUGCCACCUCCCAUGAGAGGCAGAGGUCGUGGUGGGAGAGGGGGAUAUACCUAUCCCCCUGAUUACUAUGGCUACGAAGAUUAUUAUGAUGAUUACUAUGGCUAUGAUUAUCAUGACUACCGUGGUGGCUAUGAAGACCCGUACUAUGGCUAUGAUGAUGGCUAUGUAAUAAGAGGAAGAGGUGGAAGGGGUGGGCGAGGUCUUCCACCACCGCCUAGAGGGCGGGGUGCACCACCGCUUCGAGGUAGAGCUGGCUACCCCCAGCGGGGGGUACCCAUGGGACCACCAAGAGGAGCCCGGGGUGGGAGAGGGGGCCCUACACAACAGCCAAGAGGUCGUGGUGCUCGUGGAGCAAGGGGAAAUCGUGGGGGCAACGUUGGAGGCAAGCGAAAAGCUGAUGGGUACAGCCAACCUGAUUCCAAGCGUCGCCAAACGAACAACCAGCAGAACUGGGGCUCUCAACCGAUCGCUCAACAGCCUCUCCAGCAAGGUGGUGGCUAUUCUGGUAACUAUGGUUACAGUAAUGACAACCAGGAAUUUUAUCAGGAUACUUAUGGGCAACAGUGGAAGUAGACAUGUGAGGGCUUGAAAAAUGAGAUUGGCAAGAUCUGAUUGGCUAUCAUUCUGCAUCCUUCCAAAUACUGAUUGGCUUAAACUAGACAUUCAUUAUCGAUUGGCUGCCCUUUCUAUUUGACUGAAGAGCCUCUGUUGUAUAUACCAGUCGUGUUACUAUUUUCUUUCUCAGCAUAGUUGCACAUGGACAUUUCUGACUACAUAACGUCCCUCAAGUUCUGUGAGGAAUUCAGUGCUUUUAUUGUUUUAGGCUACAUUUUAGCAGAUAUAAAAGAGGAUGGGCCCAGUUUUCCAAUCAUGAUUUUGCAGAAGCAUCUGGUUUUGGACAGUUUCCACUUUUUUGGGGAUAGUCUGCUGUAGGUUUAUGCUGUAUAUAAAAGCUAGAGCUUUCUCCUAGCAGUUUUAAGCGAUUGAACGAUUCAACAACUUUUUAAGUUUUUCUUGUAUUGGACAGUAACCUUUGAUUGUUUGCUUGCAUUCAUAGAAGUAGGUUAACUGUGUUUUUAAAACAAACAAAACAAAAAAAUGUUAAUACUUAACUCAUUGGAAAUCUGCCCUUCAAAAAUUUUGUUUGGCUUGAAUCGUCAAAAAAAAAAAAAAAAAAAAACUUGAAAAUUUGUUCCUUGAUGUGACUGUAUUGACCAAUUUCUUGUACAUGUAAAAUCAAUAAAACUCAAAACACGUUAAAACCAUCAAACACACAAAAAUGAAAAUCCAUUACAAAUUUAAUUGUGUGACAAAACAUUUUUUGAAUUGUAAAUUGUUUCAUUGACAUUUUAUAGAAAUGCCUAUAUGACUGAUCAAAUUUAUGCAAAAAAGUGACCACACAUUGGAACACCAUCGUAAAAAGACUGACCAUCGCACUCAUUACCAUUUUGUAAAUGAAUGAACUGCUAUUGCAAGGGCAGUUCAUUUUUUUCUACCAAAUAUUUGGUUUAAGAUCUGCUGUACAUGAAAUCUGUCAUUUGCAAAAUAUCAAAAGGUGCUUAAACAACAGCAAAAAACUUGAUAAUUUUGAUUUCCGUUGGAUCAGUUCAGUCCGCUAAACAGUUCUGUUGUAGAGGUGGGUUUUAUCUUAAUGGCAAGGUUUUUGUCAGAGUGAUCAUAAUUGACUGUUGGCACUGUGUGUGGUUAAAGCUGUCUUUUUGUCGCUGAGAAUGUGGUAUUGUGUAUGCAGAACAGUUGUGUGUUUUUUGUCAAAGCUAUUUGGGUCACGUACUAAAACACUCUUCCCAUUAGGUAAGUUUCUUGCAAUUCAUUUUAGCAAAAGAUUAGUUUAUCGACAUUUUGAGUCCCCUGUUGUACAUAAGUGUAUUUUUACUAGUGUUUUUCUCUUUGAUUGAUCAAGUAAUUGCAUUCAAGCCUGUGUAAGUAUGUUUAUUGGUUUGGCUGUACAUGCUUGCUCUUCAAGAAAAAUUAUUUUUAUUCAGGUUUUUAUUGAUGACAUCUUCCACGUUUAUUUUGUGUAUUCCAUUUUACAUACAUAAAGCUUACAUUUAGCUUGAUAAAGCCACCGUUGCCUAUUUUUACUAGUUUUUUAAUUGAGAAAUGUGAUAAAAAGACAACUUAUAAACCUAGAACUUAACAGGAGGUUAUGACAGCUGGCUUGUUAAUGUCUGCAUGUAGUCCUUCAGUUGCUACAGAAUUUGUAAAUCUUACCUGUGAUGAUUUUCACUGUUCUUUGCUGAUUGUAUUAUGAAGUCAUUAAAGACCAUGCUGCAGCUUCA